AUGUCUUCUUCAAGCUUCAGAAGGCUUGUUCGAUUUGUACCCGUUUCAGACCCCAAGAAGAUUCUCCUUGGUCAGCCUAUAGAUGAAGAUGUUGAUGUUGGCCUUGCUCUUCGAAAUGGAGGAGCCGUUGAGGUGGACGUCUUCUCUGGCUCGUCUGUUCUCGAUCCUGGCCAUGCAACUGGUCAUGUAGCUACCAUAAAAAGGUUGCUAUCUCCAGUUGCAGCCCAUGAGGUUGGCACUAUUCGCUGUAUUGGACUGAAUUACAAGCAGCAUGCAAAGGAGGUUGGACUUCAAAUACCAGAAGUGCCCAGCGUAUUUCUAAAACCGUGUACUGCUCUUGGGGAUCCUUGGCCCUCGCCCACUCCCUUGCCAAAACUCACGCAGAAGGAUGAUUGUGGCGAUUACGAAGCUGAGCUUGCCAUCGUACUAGGCAAGAGAGCUAAGAACGUGUCCAAAGAGGAAGCGAUGGACUACGUACUCGGCUACACAGCCUGUAAUGAUGUGUCCAGCAGAACGAGCCAAUUUGCACAAUCCCAAUGGUCCUUCUCGAAAGGAUUUGACGGUUCAUGUCCACUUGGUCCAGUACUGGUUUCUACGUCAGUUAUUGAGGACCCAUCAACCCUUCGGAUUCGUGGUUUCAAAAACAAGGAAUUGCUGCAAGACUGUGGAACAGACUGA